GCUGUUGGAAUCCAUGCAGCGGCUGACUGUACUGCCUCUUAAAUAGGAGCAAACAGACUCAUCGCUCGUGACUCUGACACCACUGAGACCAACGCUCCCUCUCCCGGACUGACGGGCCAAUCGCAGGACACCCCUCACUCUCUGUCGCUCUCUCGCUCUCUCUCUGAUUCUCUCUCUCGCAUUCAUUCCUUUGCUCUCUAUCUCUCUCUCUGUCUGUAGCUAAGUCUCUCUACCACACCUCGUCCAGAGCAGAGGAACAGAAAGCCCCCUGCCCAGCUAAGGGAUAGCCAGACCGAGAGGAUGAAACUCUGACAAGCCGACAGACCGCAGGGAAACGAGCACAACUGCCCACAGAUAAUUGGUUGAAGGGAGAGUCCAGGAAGGUCAGCCAAGAAAGCAGCCAUAGGUGCCAGCGUGAAAUCUACAGCAACUACAAUUACUUCAACAGUGAGCCGCUGGAACAAGGUGAAUGACAGACGCUGCUUCACACAGAGUGAUGCUGAGACUGGCUUAGGCUUGCAGCACCACUGAAGACUUACACGGCUCUAGACAAUGACUAUUACCCCCAAGACCAGCGAACAGUGAUCUACUGACCUCUGAGACAGGUUGUAUCUGACAGAGAGAGGACCACCUCCACGCUCCAGCCCCGCUCCAACCCACUGGUUUGUUAGUAUCAACAGUGAGUGAAUCACCCAGCUUUGGCCCGUCCGGCGUUACCUGUACAUGGAGACCCCCAGCUGGGCAGGAAACACAUUGUGUAAAUCAGGAAGCAUUGCUGUCUUCGGGAACGUGGUGUACAGCGGGCUGCUCAACGAGCACCUCUGGCAUUUAGGAGUUCCCCUCUUCACGAGACUGGGUAACCAAGAGGCCACCAACCCCCCAGAAGCCAUGGCCCAGCCGUACACGCCUGCCCAGUACCCGCCUCCCCCACAGAAUGGCAUCCCGGCCGAGUUUGCGGCACCCCACCCCCUCCCCACGCAGGACUACACCGGGCAGAACAGGGUGCCCGAGCAUGCCAUGACCCUCUACACCCCCACACAGACGCACAGUGAGCCGCCGGGCACCGACAACAACACGCCCGCCAUCACCGCCAACACAACUGUACCGACAGAUGACGUGACGCAAUCAGAGGUCUCCCUGCAGCUCCAGCUGCAGCUCUCGGACUCCUCGGAGAAGCAGCAGCCCAAGAGGUUACAUGUCUCCAACAUCCCCUUCCGCUUCCGUGACCCCGACCUGCGGCAAAUGUUUGGGCAAUUUGGAAAGAUUCUAGAUGUGGAGAUUAUCUUUAAUGAGCGAGGAUCCAAGGGCUUUGGGUUUGUAACUUUUGAAACGAGCACAGAUGCCGACCGUGCGCGGGAGAAACUAAACGGUACAAUCGUAGAGGGACGCAAAAUAGAGGUGAAUAAUGCAACAGCAAGAGUGAUGACAAACAAAAAAGUUGCCAACCCGUACACAAAUGGCUGGAAGCUGAACCCUGUGGUGGGUGCUGUCUAUGGUCCUGAAUUGUAUGCUGUAACAGGUUUCCCUUACCCGGCCACAGGGGCUACGGUGGCCUAUAGGGGUGCCCACUUGCGAGGCCGGGGGCGGGCUGUGUACAACACCUUCCGCACAGCACCUCCACCACCACCUAUUCCAGCUUAUGGAGCAGUGGUGUACCAGGAUGGCUUCUACGGAGCAGAAAUCUAUGGGGGCUACGCUGCGUACCGAUACGCCCAGCCCACCACCGCUGCUGCCUACAGUGACAGCUAUGGCAGAGUCUAUGCAACAGCAGACCCCUACCACCACACAAUCGGCCCUGCCGCUACAUACAGUGUGGGGACCAUGGCUAGCCUAUACAGAGGAGGGUACAGUCGCUUCACUCCCUACUAACAGAAAGAAAAGAGAGAAAGACAGAGACAUUACCCCCCAACAAACAAAAAUCAAAAAAUUAACAAACAAGCAAACACCUCAUCCUUCGUGGAGCGCGAAAUCAAACUAAAAGCUUCCAGGUUACCAAUGCUGACCCCUCCCCCUGACACCCGCCCUCCCGCUACAGACGAUUUCUACAACCUUGUUGAUGUCAUCAUUGGUCUGCUCCUAUGAUUUGUUUUGUAUUCAUUUUGUGCUUUGGAUUGAUUUCGGAGAAGUUAUGUUCUGCACAUGUGACUGCUGUAGAUGGGUGCUGUGUCACCAUAACCAAUGUGAGCCUACUGUAGUACGCAUGAUGCAUGAUCAGAGGGGUGUGUUUCUGCAGUGACUGUCAGAUGGAUGACAAUCUAGUGGGGCAUUAGAUACACUGUUAUUUAGCCUAUUCUUGAAUUGGAAUUCAAUGAAAUUCAAGCAGGAAACAAAAUAUUGUAUUCCAAUUAGCAUUAGAAAUAUAUAAUUCUAAUAAUAAAAAAAGACGAUGCACAUGCCCUGCUAAUUCUUAUUUCACAAGACGCCACUGUCAACUGUAUGAUUGCUCUGUAAUGUUGGAGUGUCCUAAUGCACUUGAAUUGGAGUCCUAACAGUGAUGUGGUGUGACAGCAUGCAGAGUGAGCGCCAUUGCACCACAGUGAGGGGUCAGAGUUCACCUGGGGUUGAGACUGGGCUAGCUCUCGCUAAUGUGAUGGCACUCUAGGCUAAAGGACUUAGGAUUGUGAAGGAUUCAAUGUCUUUGUUUAUUUCAGGCACAUUUUUUCCACACUGAUUUGCAUGUUCACUUAUAAUUAACUGAAGUGUACAGUGCAUUCAGAAAAUAUUUAGACCCCUUGACUUUUUCUACAU